UUUUUAAAAAAUAAAUGUAUGUAAUAAUAUAAUAACUAGCAUAUUAGCCCGCGCUCCACGGUGGGUCAAUAACAAUUGUUUUUUCAAAUGUAAAAAUACUUGAGUUAAGUUAAAAGCACGAAAUAUAUUUAUACUAUUACAAUUUUUAAGUAAAAUAUUUUUUAAAGUAACAUCAUGAAUAACAGAUAGUUGAGUAGCGCCCAAUACACCGGUAAUUAAUUUUUUUUCCUUAAAUUUUUUUUUUAAAUAUUUCAUUUUUUUUCCUUUUAAAUUUUUUUUCUUAUUGAAUUUUUUUUCAUACUACAAAAAGAAAAUAAAUUAAUAUGAAUUUUUUUAUAUUGUUUAAAAGUUGGGUGUUUGGAUGCUAUUAUGGAUAUGCAGUGAGUCCCAUUUCCUUGUCACAGUGAUAGAUGCGUAAUGGCAGAGCUCAAUUCUUGCUAUACGCCUUCUAUCGAUUCAAAAUCCAGUGAAACGUAUCUUAUUUUUCAUCCUUAUAUUUAUUAGCUCCACCACAGCGAUGAGAAAUAUUGAAGAAGAAGAGUAUACAACUUCAAGAACUAAAAGAAGAGAUUUGUUUUUUGCCAGCUUAUCUCAGGAUCGUCCUUCCCUUAUUAUCACAGUGGAGCAAAGAUAUCUGGCUUCAGAGAAGUGGCAGGGAUAUUAAAUGAUUCCUACUAAUAACACGCAAUGGCAUGGAACUUGUCUCAUUGCCAGAAUUUAUUCAUCACGGGGUCCCCGUGAAGGGUCUCAGGAAGCAGGACUCUGGCGAUGUGAUCAUGUCUUGUGACUCUCUGCACCAAAAUUUUAGAACCUUGCACUGUUUCCCAUACAUGACAUAAAUGAACAUCUACAUAUAUGUCGCCAAAACAUCAUGUAGUAAGAACUUUCACCUGGGACAGCUUGAUUUAAAGGAUAUUUCUGCCUUUUCAUUUGUUAUAGAAUUGGCUUCACCCUAACAAUGUGUUUUACUUUUUCCUUGUAAUUUUCCCCUCCAAGCCCCCUGCUGAAGAUUUUGAGUCUGUACACCCUGUUGUACGCAACCUUUUGGUUCAUGUUCAUGUUAGAUGAGAAGUUUUUCUCAUGACUUUGAGAUUUGGUGGAGUAAAUCAUUUUUUUUGAGGUUUUCUACGAGACUUUGUUUUUCUAUCUUGGGUAGAAGAGAUCUGAAAUUCGUUGGUUUUUAGUUAAAGACGAGGAAACAUCAUUUAUGUGUUUCUUUCUUGUUUUUCCUUUCCUUUCUUUUCUUUUUUCAAUUCACAUUUUUGUUUGAACUACUGCUUUAAUAUUUGAAAGUGUCUUCUAUCCCAGGAAAAUAAUUACUUAUUUUGAAUUAGUUAAUUUUGUGAUUGAACCUAUAAGGUGAUCGAGGGUGUACACUAUUUGAAAUAGACUAAGCCGUUUUACUCCUUUUGGAUUUGGAUGUGUAGCAUGUGUCAUUAUUGUGGUGCUGAUCGGACUAAGUUGAAGGAUGAAAAGAAGAAACUAGAGAAUGGAGGCUGUUUAAAACUAAAGUGGUGAAGAGCCCAUUUGGUCUUGCCGAUUUUGUCAGGAAAAGCAGGAACCAGAUUUGAUGAACCGUGAUGGUUCGAGUCAUUCUAUAUCACCGAUGAUCAGUCCAACUACUACGUUGCCUAGCAGUGAUAGAUUCAUGUCUAGCUGCAGCGAUCUUAAUGUCGAUGUAAACUCGCAUGACGGGGUUCAUCAAGAGGAAGAAGCAGCACGCAGUGCUCAGAAGGAUCUCAGUUAUGGGAUGAAUGACCAACUGCACAACUCAAGAUUGGAAGCUCCUUUAAAUAGAGUGGAUGGAUUACUUAAAGCGACAGAAAACAACUUGAAGGAUAGUCAUAACGGAACUGAUAGAGAGACAGUGAGAAAUUGUGGUUCUUCACGGUGAAGAAGCAAAAGAUAAUGCUUUUGAGAAAUGUGUUGGAUCUUCAAACGAAGGAAAUGAUGUUUCUCAAAUCAGUGAUGAUGAAGUAGAUGCGCAGGUUUGGGAGCCUCCUGAAGCAGAAGAUCCAGAGGAUGAUUUGGAUGGUAGUGUGGCUUUUAUCGAUGACGAUGACGAUGAGUGUGGUGACAGCACAGAAUGGGGUAAACCUAGUUCUUUGAGUUACUCGAGGGAUGAAGGCAGUCGGAGCUUCAAGUUCAAAGAAGAAAAACAAAAGGCAAUGGACGAAGUAGUUAACGUGAAAUUCAAGGCUGUCGUGAGUCAACUUCUUAAAACUGCAGGUGUUGCCUCUCUGAUGAGAGAUGGUGAAAGUUGGGUGGAUAUUGUUACAUGUUUAUCAUGGGAAGCUGCUUCGUUUUUGAAGCCUGAAGCAAUAGAUCGGAAAGCAAUGGAUCCAGAUGGCUAUGUGAAAGUGAAAUGCAUUGCAACUGGUUCUCGUAGUGAAAGUGAAGUAGUGAAAGGCUUGGUCUUUAAAAAGCGUGCUGCUCACAAGCACAUGCCCACUAAGUACAAGAACCCAAGGUUGUUGCUGAUCCAAGGCGUGCUUGGUCAGUCUUCAAGUGGAUUGUCAUCGUUUAAAUCAAUGGAGCAGGAAAAGGAUAAUCUGAGGGCUCUCAUUGAGACCAUAGAAAUGUGCCAUCCAAAUGUAGUUUUAGUAGAAAAAUCUGUUUCUCGUGAUGUCCAAGAGUGCAUCCUAGCAAAAGGAAUGACACUGGUAUAUAUUGAAUCAAAUAUUAGAUUAUCUGGAUCCAGUUGGUCAUGUCUAUUCAGAAGCACUUUGGAAAGCAGGCGUGUUCCCGAAUUAUCCGAGAAUUUGCUGCUCUCGAAAAAGUUUCCCGAGCAUUUAAGUAAAUUGCAUCUUGAACAAGAGUUUUCAGUAUUCUGUUAAAAGAAAUCUUGUUUUGUCUUGUUGGCUGAUAGAUGAGCUAUUUAACGUAUGAGAAAUAUGUUCAGGUUGAUAAGGUUGCUUUGGAUGCUUUGAAUGAUGGCGCAGAAGCUCAUUUGCAGGGUUUGGAGCCUUGGGUCCAGGUAUGGAGUCGGUUUUCUGCCGCACCCUUUUCUAUUAUGUGCAUGUCCAAUGCUCAAGAUCCCAGGUAAUCAUUACAUUUAGUGAAUACUGUAGGAGAUUUAGGGCUAGGCCUUUGUGGCUGAUUGAACCUCUGUCAUAGUUAAAUAUGUGUUGGUUAAUGUAUUGAUGGUGCUCAUUCGUUUAAAUUCUGUAUUAGGCCCUAGAAUCCUUGAUAUGCUUUAGAAUAAUAAUACUUGCUUUAUAUCGAA